AGUGUUAAGAAAUAUGAAUUUAAUAAACUUCUAUAAACCUAUAUAUUCAAACGUUUGAAAAAUAAAUUUUACAAAGAUAUGAUCUUCUUUUUGACUAUUUUCUUGACCAGAAUGUAACGACUUCAAAAACUUUAAACUCUCUUCCCUUAUAUAUAUAAACUACUCUAGGCUUCGUUCACUUCUCAUCCUCUCUAUCGUUUUCAAUCUCCAAUCUCUCGAACGCAAACUCGUUCGUGUCCCUAUGACUUCCACCAGAGAGAAAGGUCUCAUCGUGAGCUUCGGCGAGAUGCUCAUUGACUUCGUCCCCACCGAAUCCGGCGUCUCCCUCGCUGAAUCCCCAGGGUUUCUCAAAGCUCCCGGCGGUGCUCCGGCCAACGUCGCAAUUGCAGUCACGCGCCUCGGAGGUCGCUCCGCCUUCGUUGGUAAGCUUGGUGGUGAUGAGUUUGGCCAUAUGCUUGCAGGAAUCUUGAGGGAGAACGGUGUUGAUGAUACGGGGGUCAGCUUCGACAAGGGAGCGAGAACCGCGCUCGCUUUUGUCACCUUGCGUUCCGACGGAGAAAGAGAGUUUAUGUUUUAUCGGAACCCGAGCGCCGACAUGCUUCUCCGACCAGACGAACUUAACCUCGAACUAAUCAGAUCUGCCAAAGUGUUUCACUAUGGAUCAAUUAGUUUGAUAACGGAGCCGUGUAGGUCAGCUCACUUGAAGGCAAUGGAAGUGGCCAAAGAAGCUGGAGCUCUUCUUUCCUACGACCCUAACCUCAGGGAACCUCUUUGGCCAUCUCCUGAAGAGGCUAGGAAACAGAUCAUGAGCAUUUGGGACAAGGCCGAGAUCAUUAAGGUCAGCGACGUCGAGCUUGAGUUCCUUACCGAAAACAAAAAGAUCGAUGAUGAGUCAGCCAUGUCUCUAUGGCAUCCCAAUUUGAAGCUUUUGCUUGUUACUCUGGGCGAAGAUGGAUGUCGUUACUACACUAAGAAAUUCCAUGGAGCUGUUCAAACUUUCAAUGUGAACGCCGUGGAUACAACCGGAGCUGGAGAUUCCUUCAUCGGCGCGUUUCUAAGCAAGAUUGUUGAUGAUCAAUCUGUACUCGAGGAUGAAAAGAAACUGAGGAAAGUGCUGAGGUUUGCAAACGCUUGUGGAGCCAUCACGACCACAAAGAAAGGAGCCAUUCCAGCUCUUCCUUCAGACAGUGAAGCUCUCAGCUUUAUUAAAGACAACCAAAGACGUAGUAACAACCCUUUUAAAUCCAAAAAAUUGCGCUUUUUAUAUUGUAGUAAUUGCUCAUGAUUCUCAUAAUCUCAUUUAAGAAAAAAAAAAAAAAAGAUCUCAAUGUUUUAUCUUUUCUGUUUGUAUCCUUCAUCUCUUGCUAAUAGAAGAAGAAAAAGAGUUUGUUUGUUUU